AUGGCCUUCGCAUCUGUAGGACUGAAGGAUGCCGAUGUCGCUAAAGCCCUGGAAGGGUGCAAAGACGCUGGCACAUUCAAGCACAAGGCAUUUUUCGCAGCAUGCGGCCUGUCUGGCAAGUCCGGCGAUGAGCUCAAGAAGGCCUUCGCCAUCAUCGACCAGGACAACAGUGGCUUCAUUGAGGAGGAGGAGCUGAAGCUGUUCCUGCAGACCUUCAAGGCAGGUGCCCGCGCGCUGUCGGACGCCGAGACCAAGGAAUUCCUGAAGGCUGGCGACUCCGACGGUGACGGCAAGAUCGGCGCUGACGAGUUCGCUGCCAUGGUGAAACAAUAA